UAAAUGGUGAGUUCUUUUUUUAUAGCUAUGUACUUGCACUUGUAGAGAAGUUAAAAAAUAAAUAUUCACCUAAUGCAGCUAACAAUACGUUUACUAAGAUUAACAAGUUACCGCAGUGCCAUAACUUAUAAAAGUGUAAAAUUUAUAACUCAAGAAUUUUGCGUUAAAUCAUCUAAUGAGAUAAAAAUGGAACUUUUAUGUAUUUUAAUAUCACUUGCCUUGGUAAAUAAUUUGGUAGCUGCGUUAGAUGAAUAUCAUAAGCAAGUUAUCAUGACCAACCAACAUAUCCAGCGUGCAGGAGUGCGAUUGCCGGAAAUCAUUAGAAACAUUGUUCGCAGACCUUCUUCGAUGAAGAAAAUGGCUUUUAUGUUGGCAGUACCGGAAAGUGAAAACGCAAAUAUUGAAGAAAAGUUAUUGUACCAGAGCUGUAUGCAAACAGAAAUAAUAGCAGCCACAGGAAUCGAUGUACCUGUGUUACCUGAGACAGCCGAAGGAGAUUUUGAAAACUUUGAUCUGUCAGACUUUGGACGUACAAGAAGAAAUAUGACUAGUGCAGCUGUAAAGGCUUUAAUCCGUAGUCAAAUACGUGGAGACACGAACUUUAGUGUGAAUUUCACAGAAUAUCAUUUGUGUUCUUUAAUAGGAUUGUUCAAAAAAAUAUUAGUAGAUACAGAUCCAUUGAUGGCAGUAUUUGGGAAAUUAACGCUGACUUUACUCCAUUUCAGCCACUUUCUUUUCAAGUACAAUUUUAAGGACAACCUUUUUUAUAGUACCACUAUUAUAAUUGCUAUAUAUAUAUAUAUAAAUUAUUUUUACAUACCUUCUUCUAUUCAAAUUGUCAAUAAAUAAUAAAUUGUUAAAUACAUUAUAUUUAACAAUAAAAAGUUUUAAACACAAUAUUAUAAACACAUUUGUUAAUUAUGUGUUUCUAUU